AAUACUCUUGGUCGGGCUCUGGUAAAGCUAAAGUCCUUCUUUAGGAAAGGGUUAAGGGAUGUUUGGGUGGGCUCAUCCCCAGGUAUAUAAGAACCAUUAAUAUUCCCGGGUGACACUUUGCUGGAGCAGCACUUUCUGUCUAUUGUAUCCCAGAAUGUUUGUCUAUAAGAUCCAAGUGGUAACCGGCAAUUUUCUCAGUGCUGGGACCCUGGACUCCAUCUCUCUUCACCUCAUUGGAUCCAAUGGAGAAAGCACCAAAUACAAACUGGAUGACUGUGGAGAUGAAUCCAAACCUGGAGCUGUGGAUGAGUACACAGUGAGUAGUGAGAAAGACCUGGGAGAGAUCCUGCUGGUCCGGAUCAUUAAGGAACAGUACUUGUUCUUCCCAACGGAUACCUGGUUCUGUAACUACAUCACGGUGACCUGCCCCAAAGGAGAACUCUAUCAGUUCCCAUACUACAAAUGGAUCGAAGGCUUUGUGACUGUGGAUAUUCCCCAGGGGAAGGGUUUCAUUCUAAGCGCUGGAGUCAACCCCAUAGUGAGACAACAGAGACAGUCAGAGCUGGAGAAGAAGAGACAGACAUACGGCUGGAAAUCGUACGUAGACGGGGCCCCUCGCUGUAUCAACGUGGACUCCACCGCAGAUCUGCCUCCUAAUGAACAAUUCUCCUUUAUGAAAAAGUGCAGUUUUAGCUUUUUGGCUUUGCCUGGAAUAAUUGGGGUGAAGAUCUUUGGGCUCUCGAACUGCAAAGAAUCCUGGAAAGACCUAAAUGAUAUCAAGAAAGUCUUUUUCUUUGAAGAAACUGAAAAUUCAGAGUGCCCUACAUCUGAGAAUAUUUUCCAUAUCUCAACCACUGGAUAGAAAAAUAGAUGGAGCUUUCUAUGCAGCGCCGUUAUCUCUGGAAUUUAACAAAAACAGCAAAAAUGGUUCCUUGUUGGUUGAUGUUUUUAUACCAACCAAAAAAUGAAUUAAAGUGUAUUAAACCAAUUUUAAUAUACUGUAGUAUUGUCCUGUACUGGUACAGACACAGGUUAUAUAUCAUAUAACAAACAAACUCUGUAGUACACCAUUGUAUCUGCUAUGUAACCUGAGCCAUUUAGCCUUCUUCAGAUUGAUGGCUCCCCCAUGGCUACACAGCAGCUUGUUUAUAUAAACUAUAGUAGUAAUUAUCUGUUAUCUACUGUGUAUCCUGU